GGUCUAACCUUUGUUUGUAUUUCUUUGAUACCUAGUUUUUCUUCAAUCUGGAUUGGAAUUUGGAAAUGAAAUAUUUAUUUUAAUUUAUAAUAAUGGCUGGCACAUUAAUUCGUUCGCUAUUUACCAAUUUAUCACUUUAUGGAACCAAUGCUACAAAUUUGAGAUCAGUACAUACUUCUGCUGUAUAUUAUGCGGCAAGAAAAGGCACCAGAGCGAAGGCUCGUGCCAAGAAAGUGAAAGUGGAGAUUACUAAAGUAGGAUUCAUUCCUCAUAACCAAAGAGGAAAGAAUAAGGCAGCUAAAGUAGUAGUAAACAAGCAUCUAGAUGAUUCCUUCAAGCAGGUGUCUAAAGAUGACGUGUACCCAAUGCGGUACUAUCGUUGGGUUGUGUACACUGCGGAGGAAGCAGUCAAAGCGCACCAGGAGACACACCACCCAACCAUGUACAACGUGCCAGAUGCACUUGUGUAUGCCAAAAUUGAAAUGAACAUGGAAGCCGUUAAAAAGAACCGAUAUCUAGAUAAUUUUACGCGUCUUACUUUGUUACCCCACUAUUUCCCACGAGAUGAAGAACGAACUAUACUCGCAUUUUGCAAAGGUCCUGAACUUAUCAAACAAGCCCUUGAAGCUGGAGCUACGACUGCGGGUGCCUCGGAGAUUGUAAAAAAAAUACAGGUUAAUAUUAUUUUUCUAAUAUUAUUUUUGUCUUUUUUUAAGAAAUUUAUGUGUUAUUAUUGGUCGAAAAUUGGUAUGCAAUAAUAUGCUGAUUCGCACGAAAUUUUAAUAACGGUAUGCUUUUUACUAUUCGACCUAAACAAAAGUAGUAAGCUUACAAUUCGACUGUCUUUUUCUUUUCUCUUUUUUGCAUGUAUGUUACGCGAUAAAUUAGUCAUCGUGUAGUGGCAAAAUAAAAUAAUUCGUCGUCCUAUUUGUCCCCGUGGUUGCCCUAAGAAAGUAUAAAUUGAAGUUGAUUGAAAAUGACAAAGAUCUUUUGGCUUCCAAUAGAUGACUGUGUUGUGUUGACUUGUGUUUUUUCCGGUUCCGGCAACUCAACAGUAAACACGUACGUCAACAGUAUCCGUGAUAUAAUAUCAAAAGAAGUGUAAAACAGUGAUAAAUCCGUGAAGUGAUACGUAAAAAUAACAAACAAAGUCAAAAUACAUAAGGUGAAGUGGACACUGUGAAAGUGCAACGAUAUUUACAAGGAAAAAAACUCCAAAGAUCUUUCGGUAUUAUAACCUCAAAAAGGGCAAUUUUGACUAUCGGUAUUGACAAUACAACAAAACUUAACCAAAUCAUUAGUGACAACCUGACGCCAACCAAGUAAAAGUGACACAAUAACAAAAGUGUUGCCACUGAAACAAAAAAUAUUUCUACCACUCAGGGAUACCACAUCAAACUUUAAAUUUUCUAUCAAAAAAAAUAUUGAACCAACUACAAAAUGGAUAGAAACAUGGAAUUGCUUCUACAAAAACUCGAUGAGAAAUUAGAGAAACAAGUCGAAAAUAUAACUCAUUCGGUAACCAGGAGCGUUAUGGAAGCGCUAGACGAGAAAAUGAGAUCAAUUACCGAAGAGAACGAAUACAUCAAAAAGAAAGUAUCGGAACUCGAACACAAACUUAAAGGAGCGGAUAGAGAGAGACGUAAGAUUAACCUGGUGUUUUUUGGAGUAGAGGAAAAGGGGAAAUCUGAAGGAGAACUGGUAAAUUACAUAAAAGAAAUCAUAGAAGAAAUGGGAGUACACAUGGUCAGCCAAGAGAUUAGCAAUGUAUUUAGAGUAGGGAAACAAACGGAGGACAAAAAUCGUCCAGUUGUAGUCUCCAUCACGACCCAAUGGAAAAAACAUUUAAUACUCAAAAACAUGCCUAAUCUUCCAUCAGGCAUAAAUAUCAAGGAGGACUACUCCAAGGAAACCCCAAGUUGAAGAAGAGAAAAAAGAAAACGUUGCUUGCAUAAAGUUCGACAAAUUGAUAGUGUAUAAACCGAAGGACAACAAGAGAGAAAAGCGACCUCUCCCAAUUCUGCUUCUACUUCAACGUUACAGAAGCUAGUUAGCACUAGCAAAAUCCUGCGUAACCAAGAACAGCCAAUACCCAAAACUUAUACGAAAGAGAUUAUCAGACCCAACAUACUGAACUAUGUAGAGCGAGCAAGAUUUGACAAAAAACAAGAAUUUUGUAAAAUAAUCAUACGAAGGUGCUGAAAUUUGUUUUGCAUUCAGACAUAAAGAAAUUUUAAUCGGCUAAAUAUUAUUUUUAUAGUUUAUAACAUUUUGUGGACAUGCCGCCAUCUACCGUCAAGGUAGCUAAGCUACAUUGCAACAUCGAUAUGGAAAGAUUCGAGUAGUUUUACUAUUUAUCGGUAGAUAUAGAUAGUGUAAAGUGGGCGGGGCUUUGCAUCCCCUCACCCCGCAAAUUGUCACGCGUUGUUACAUAGUGAAAUUUAAUUACAACGUCUCCUCUUUGUAUUUGCUUCAUGUAAGAAGCACCCUACGAAUAGAACCACUGUAAAUGUCUAAGAAACAUAUAGCUCCAAACAAAACUGAACACUACAAUAAACAAACCCUAAAGAAUAUAUCCCAAUCCCUUAUCGAAUCAGCUGAAGAAAUAACGAAAGACGACUCUGAUGCUCUCACAAAAUAUGCUAAGCUGGAAAAAAUACAAACGCAAGUUAAAUGUGAGCACGGUAAAGCGAAUAAGUGCAAUUUAAGUGACAAAACACUACAACUCAUAGAUAGGAGGAAAAACUUGCUUUCAAAGCACCCU